CCUGCCAUUUACCUUUUCCACCCUAAAACCUUUUCUUCGCUCCAACGUUCUUCUCUGUCUGCUUAGCUAUGGCGACCGAGCCGGCGAAAUUGCUUCUUCCUUUCCUCCAAAGAGCCGAUGAGUUGCAGAAGCACGAGCCUCUCGUCGCCUACUACUGUCGAUUGUACGCCAUGGAGCGAGGAUUGAAGAUUCCACAGCAAGAUCGCACCAAAACCACCAACUCCCUGUUAGUUUCUCUCAUGGGUCAGCUUGAAAAGGAUAAGAAGUCAUUGAAGUUGUCACCGGAUGAUUAUCUAUAUGUAGAGGGAUUUGCAUCGAAUGUUUUUGCGAAGGCGGACAAGCAAGAUCGCGCGGGAAGAGCUGAUUUGAACACUGCAAAAACUUAUUAUGCCGCAAGCCUUAUCUUUGAAAUCCUUAACCAGUUUGGUCCACUUCAACCCGAACUUGAGCAGAAGCAGAAAUAUGCAGCAUGGAAAGCUGCCGACAUCAGGAAAGCUUUGAAAGAAGGGAAGAAACCUGUUCCAGGUCCACCCGGUGGAGAUGACGACGCAUCGAUCACAUCAAGUGGCGAAUAUGAUCUGAAUCCAACCAUCGAACCGGACUCUAGUCGAGCAAAUUCCUCCCCAUCAUUUCCCACAGAUUCAGAUUCAAAUCUACCAUCCGAGCCAUUCCGUGAUCACCUGCAACGCCCGACUUUCCAGCCGCCCCCUCCAAAUUAUCCCUAUGGCAACCCCCCACCCGUCGAAUAUCAUCAAUCUCCUCAUCCCGAUCGAUCAUACCCUUCGGAAUCUCACCAGCCCUACCCAUCUCAAAAUAUGCUGCCACACGCAUACCCUUCCCACACUCCACCGGCAUACUUGUAUCCGAAUUUCCAGUCUUACCCGAGCUUCAACGAGAGCAGCCUUCCUUCGCAUUACCCGACUCAUUACCAGGGCUCAGAUAUUCCUGAUUCCGUUUCGCCACAACAAUCAAGUACUCGGCACAACUCGGCAGGCAGGAAUUCGAGCGUGUCGGAUCCAUCACCGGUGUACAAUGGUGGCGGUGACUAUGAGCCUCCGCCGGAGCAAAUCGGAGAGGCACAAAAGGCGGCGAGGUUCGCGGUGGGAGCUCUGGCUUUCGAGGAUGUUUCGGUGGCGAUCGAACACCUCAAGAAAGCUCUUGAAUUGUUGACGAAGCCCUCAUCCGCUCGCUGAAUUCAUAACCAAGAAUUUUGUUUUUUUUUUUAAAUUUUUGGAAUUAGCAGUUUGAUUAAACAUUGGUAGAUUAUGUUUUUUUGCAUUGGGUAAAUACAAACUUAACUUGUGUUUCGUUAAGUAGAGUUUUGAGGAUAAGGCUGUUUUCUUAAAGAGAACACAAGGAUUUGUUUCUUUUGGAGUUGUAGUAGUUUGAUACUUAUUCUAUCGCCUAAAGUUGUGCUCAAUUUUUUUUAUUA